AUGAGUACACGUCCGCGAAGGGCCCAUACCAAGUCACGCAAUGGCUGUGAUCAGUGCAAGAAAAGGCGCGUCAAGUGCGAUGAGCAAGGACCACCGUGCUCAAACUGUACGUCGCGGCAGCUGGAAUGCACAUACUUGAAAAUACCAAGAGCCCGUGAUCGUCCCGAGCAGCCAUCGCCAAGUCCUGCCGGCAGCCAGACUCCCAGUGUAGGCCUGGCGCCAAUCGUGCAUCUUCCAGCUAUCAACGGAGCAAGCGGACCGUUCACUGCCUCUGGUCUUCGGAGCUUGGAGCUGAUGCACAAGUUCUCAACGGAGACUUCUAUGAGCCUUAGUAAUGACCCGUCUGACUUCCAUGUCUGGCAGAUGGUGGUUCCUCGGAAGGCGUUGGAGCAUGAUUUUCUUUUGAGUGGUAUUCUGGCUGUGGCUGCUUUGCACGUCGCUACGUCGAUUGAAUCCCCAGCGGCUUUGUCGUACAUUGACACGGCACUUGAAUAUCAUAAUAUGGCGUUUGCGCCGUUCCGACGGGCUUUGGACCAUAUUACUCCUUUUAAUUGUGAUGCUGUAUUCGCACAUUCGAUCAUCACGACAAUCAUUGGCAUAGCCUUGCCACGACUCACAGCGACUAGAGAUGAAAGCUCGAAUAUGACAGAAAACAUCAUUAUUGUGUUUGAGUUGCUGCAGGGCGUCAAGAAUAUCGUCUGGAUUAGCGAGCCAUGGCUCCAUACGAAGCUCUUUACUUCACGUCGCGAAUUCUGGAAAGAGUCGUCUGUCACAGAAUUGGAUCCUGAGACAGAAGCUGCUCUAAAUAAAUUAGCCACACUAAACAAUGAUACCAUGGCGACUGUCGAUCAAGAACAACAUCGCAUGAACCGCGACGCCAUCGCUCUUCUUCAUCGGUGCUUCUUGAGACAUGCCAACGCGCGGGAUGCGGCAUCUGUUCUCACUUGGCUUGCUGCGGUGGACAAGGAUUUCGUCGAUUGCUUACGACGCCGUAAACCAUUUCCUUUGCUGAUUUUGAUGUAUUGGGGAGUUCUGCUUGGAACGCUCGAUGGGCAAAUGUGGUGGGCUCGGAACUCGGGCAAGGCACUGGUCACGGAAUUGCUGGUUGCGUUGCAUCCCGGUGUUUUCCAGUGGGAAGGGGCGCAGUUGUGGCCGAAACAGAAAUUGGGUCUUUAA